AGAACAAGUGCCAAGUAGCAACUAGCAAGUAUGAGACAAGAAGAUGAGGCUUUUGCUGCUCACCAUUCAUCCAAGAUAAUAAAACCCUUUCUCUGCAAAAACUAAACCAAGAGAUAUAACACAAGAAGAAGAAAGAGAGUGAGGGAGAGAGAGAUUCAUUUUGGAGACCAGACGAAAACUCAGCAAAGGGGAAUUAUAUCUUUUGCAAAGAAAACCCAGAGGGGGAUAAACAGAAAUGGCACUCAGGAUUUGGGCAUCUUCCACUGCCAAUGCUUUAGGCCUCUCUGUUGCUUCCAAAGCUCCAGCCUUGGCGCCUCUCUCCAGAUGCUUCUCCUCUGUACUGGACGGGCUGAAGUAUGCAAAGUCCCACGAGUGGGUGAAGCAUGAAGGCGAUGUUGCUCUCGUUGGCAUCACAGAUCAUGCUCAGGUAAACCAUUUCAAUCCUAGUUAGUUGCUCAAUUGUGUGUUUUCAUGUGUUAGUUCUUGUUUAUCAAAUGCCUCAGGGUUUUUGUGCACUCCUACCAUGUGGUGUCAAUGGUUGCCUAGCGUUGGGUGCUAUUAGGCUGCAUAGUUUGUCAGCCAUAAGAAAAGCAGAGUGUUGUUCUUCAAUAAUCGACUUGUGCCGUAUUCAACUGUUCAAUGUUACUUUAUGGACUAAAUUUGAUCGUGAAAUGGUAUAAUGUAAACUACUGGUAGGAUCACUUGGGGGAAGUUGUGUUCGUGGAGUUGCCGGAGGUAGGCGCUGCGGUCAGCCAAGGCGGCAGCUUUGCUAACAUUGAGAGUGUGAAGGCAACCAGCGACGUGAAUUCCCCUGUCUCCGGCGAGGUCGUGGCAGUCAACGACAAGCUUGGUGAAGCCCCAGGCCUGGUGAAUACGAGCCCAUAUGAAGACGGGUGGAUGAUUAAGGUGAAGCCCAGCAACGCAUCGGAGCUGGGAAGCCUGAUGGGCCCAAAGGACUACACAAAAUUCUGCGAGGAAGAAGAUGCUGCUCAUUGAUAUUUUUUUUUUCCAUGGUGCAUUUAAUGUAAAAAUAUUUUUAUCUACGCAAUCGUCCAAUGUUAAUUAACUGUUGUUGCCUGUCUCUCCCUUUUGUUGGACUAACUGGGAUGCAUUACGGUCUCGUGUGUUGUUUUGGAUUCACAAUCACAAGAUAGCCAAAUAAAAUGUCAGUCACUUUAUCCCUUUGCGAUUGUUGUGCAAGAAGGCUAAAAAUGUCAUUUUUGUCACCCUUGGCACCUAGUAAAGGAUAAUAUGAAAAUGUUUA